CGGGAAUUCUUUCGCCUAGACUUCUGGGAAAUGUAGUAUGUGGCACUGUGACAUCACGGGGAGCCAUCCAGGAAAUCCCAAUCAGGCUUUCUGUGUCGACACACGUGCUUCUUCUUCAAAGUUCGGCUAGAGUUCUGACCUGCUGUGCAUUCCUGUUGCGUCUCUGACAUGGAGGAAAUGCUGUCCUUCUGGGAUGUGGCCAUUGAGUUCUCUGCAGAAGAGAGGGAAUGCCUGGAGCCUGUUCAGUGGAAUUUGUACAAGGAUGUGAUGUUGGAGAAUUACAGCCACCUUGUGUUCCUUGGUCUUGCUGUGUCUAAGCCACACCUCGUGACACUUUUGGAGCAAAGACAAGAAUCUUCAGAUGUGAAGAGACAAGCAGCAGCCAACAUGCAGCCCGGAACAAAACCCAAUGAUUAUAACAUUUACAAAGCCAUUGACUGUAACUCACUAAUUAUGCAACGCCAGAGAAUUCAUACAAGGGAGAAACCCUACAAGUGUGAAGAAUGUGGUAAGGGCCUAAGUUCUCAUAAAGCACUUUCCAUACACAAGAGACUUCAUACUGGAGAAAAGUCCUACAUGUGUAUAGAAUGUCAUAAGACCUUCAAUACUCACGCAUCACUUUUUAUACACCAGAAAAACCAUACUGAUGAAAAAACCUAUAAGUGUGAAGAAUGUGGCAAAUUAUUUUAUUAUCCUUCAAUGCUGAAGCAACAUCAAAGAAUCCAUUCUGGAGAGAAACCCUACAAGUGUGAAAAAUGUGGCAAAGCUUUUUAUGAUCCUUCAUUCCUGAAGCAUCAUCAAAGAAUCCAUUCUGAAGAGAAACCAUGCAAGUGUGAAGAGUGUGGCAAAUGUUUUUACUCACUUUCAUACCUUAAACAACAUCAAAUAGUUCACUCCAAAGACAAUUUCUGCAAGUGUGAGGAGUGUGGCAAAAGGUUUUCCCAUUAUGCAACCCUUCAGAAACAUCGUACAAUUCAUAACGGAAAGAGACCAUACAAGUGUGAGGAAUGUAACAAAACCUUUCUUUACCACUCAGGACUUAAGAACCACAAGGUAUUUCAUACGGGAGAGAAACCAUACAAGUGUGAAAAGUGUGGCAAAUGUGUUUGCUCAGCUUCAUCCCUUAGACGACAUCAAAUAAUUCACUUUGAAGACAACCCUUACAAGUGUGAAGAGUGUGGCAGAUGUUUUUACUCAUAUUUAUCACUUAGAGGACAUCAAAUUAUCCAUUCUGAAGUCAAUCCUUAUACCUGUGUACAAUGUGGCAAACGAUAUUCCUGUUCUAGGGAUCUUCAGGAACAUCAAACACUUCAUACUGGAGAAAAACUAUACAAGUGUGAAGAAUGUGGCAAAGCCUUUCAUUAUCACUCAGGCUUUAGAAGACACAAGAGAGUUCAUACAGGAGAGAAACCCUUUAAGUGUGAAGAAUGUCACAAAGCCUUUUGGUAUCACUCAGGCCUUAAGAGACACAAGAGAGUUCAUACAGAAGAGAAACCCUAAAAGUGUGAAGAGUAUGAGAUGGUUCUUUUCAUCUUCAUCUCUUAGACAACAUAAAAAAGAAAAAGAAAUUCAUUCUAAAGAUAAUCCCUAAAAUUGUGGGAAAUGUGACAAAGACUUUGUUAAUCUUUAUAUCCUUUCUCAACACAUGAUAUAGUUCAUAGGGGAGAGAAAUCCUACAAAUGUCUUAAAAACUUUACUUCAACCCUUAAAACACAUCAAAUGAUUCAUUCUGACUACAAACUCCAUGAGUGUGUGAAGUGUGGUAAAAUCUUUACUAACAAUUCUCAUCUUAUCCAACUCAAAUGAAUCUGUAAUAGAGAAUAUUAAGUUAAUUAUUUUGAAUAUUAACAUGAACAUCUAACUUCCAAUAGCAAAAAUGCUAAGCAUAUCAUCAGAGAAGAGUAGAGAUUUCUCUUUGCUGUAACAUCCAACAGUUUGUUCAAGCAAUAUGUUUGAAACAUGCCUUGAUUAAUGAAUCUCUUUCUUCUAUAACUAUAAAUAUUCUCUGAAACCUUUACCAUGCCCUAACUUUGUCCAUUGGGUGCCUGGAGUCUGAGAUCUGGGAUGUGGCAUAGUUACUGUUGUUUUUCCCAGUGGAGUCAUCCAAGCUCCUGUAAUAUCUCCCCUUGGUGUGUAAGAAUCUCUGUCUCUCUGAGCUAGCAGGUUUUCACGCAGUAUCUGGCUCCUGAGUUCUUAUUGGUAAAAUAAAAGGAUAAUGACUUAGUUAAAACUACAGGAAGGCUCUUCCAGUCUAAGGCCUCAGCAGCAAGGCAGCAGCUACAGCUGAAGAGAUAAAAUCAUCAGCUGAGGCAGAGAUGGCAUCAGGUGCAGCUGCUGUGCCUCAGAUAAAAAACAACAGUGCCCAUAGAGCAAUAAUGGCAGGAAAGUUAUGAGAGCAACCAAUCACUUUCUGAUUGGAUUUAAAGCUUAUCCACAAACAGUAACUAAUGUGACAUUAAUUUGGUGAUAUACAUAUAUAUUUUUGCCUGGCUAGGUGGUAAGCCCUGGGGAAAAUUUAAUGCUGUUAUUGUAAUAAGUAGAUAAUAACUAAAUGAACUCUAGUUCUCAUCUUUAUUUCAGAGAGUCGGGAUCCCACAUUCUCAUCUUUAUCCCACAGAGUCAGGAACCCAAGUUCUCAUCUUAUCCCAGAGUCAGGCAUCUCUCAACACCCACCAGAAAAUAUUAAUUGUGUAGUAGAUGGAGAAUAAUACAAAAACACACAUUGGUCAAAGUGUAGAGAAUAUUAGCCUGUGGAGGACCUAAAUCUAAAAGUGUCAUACAUGUCACACAUUUUAAAAGAGGUCCCGUACACACAUCUAAAGCCAAAAGUCAGAGAAUACUGAGGGAAAAGAGUUAGAAACAAUGUCAGAGGCAGAUAUAGUAGAUGUGUGCAGUGAGACAGUAGGAAUGUUAAAACAUGUCUAGAGGCUGGAGUUGGCUCAGAGAUUAAGAGCACUGACUGCUCUUCCAGAGGUCCCCAGUUCAAUUCCCAGUAACCAUGUGGUGUCUCACCACCAUCUAUAAUGAGAUAUGGUGCCCUCUUCUGGCAUGCAGAUAGACAGACAGAACACUGUAUACAUAAAAAAUGAAUCUUUAAAAAAUUAUAGAACAGUGAAACAUUGCUAGAAAAGUUAGUACCAUUUCAUGCUUGAGCACACUGUGGCUAUUAUUUCCUGGAGAACACUUACACAGGCUAAACCCCACCAUACAAUAAGCAUGGUUGCAUAAGGGCCUCACUGUAUGUCACUCAUACUGUGGAGGAGCUACUGACAAUUGAUGGCUCCUAAGAGAGACAGUCAAUCUGAUAGGCUUCCAGGUUCUAGUCAACUGUCCUACACCCCUACACAUGGAGGGAGCACUAAGGGGAAUGAAGAAAUAGUAAAUAAAAAGCCCACCAAGGUGGGAGAGUAAAGUGUUUUUAAGUAAGGGUAAGAAGCAAUAGGUGAAGGAAUGUGUAGAUUUGAAUAAAACAUGUAGCAGGAAUCUUAGAAGGUUCUUAUUAAUAAAAUCAAACCUCAGCCAGGUAUUGGGGUGAAUACUGGAAGAUCAGAGAGACAGAACAAGCCACAGCUAACCUCACCUGGCCAACUUCUCAGCUGAUCUUGUUUCCUCAGACUGGAAGCCUCUCAGUCCUCAUCCCAAAUAAAUCUCAGCUGAACUGUGCUGCUCCAAAGCCUGAAAGCUUAACCAGCCAAAUGCUUAACCAGCCAAAUGCUUAACCAGCCAAAUGCUUCUAGUUUCUGGUCCUCACACCUUAUAUACCUUUCUGCUUUCUACCAUCACUCCCUGGGAUUAACGGCUCGCUUUCUGGGAUUAAAGGCGUGAGUCACCAUGCUUGGCUGUAUCCUUGAACACAUGGAUUUCUGCCUCUGGAAUGCUAGGAUUAAAGGCGUGUGCUACCACUGCCUAUCCUCUAUGUUUAAUAUUGUGGCUGUUCUGUCUCUGACUCCAGAUAAGUUUAUUAGGGUGCACAAUAUUUUGGUGAACACAAUACCACCUCAAAAACAUUUAACAUUCAUGUAUUAAAUUCUCUCUAAAUAUCAUUUUAAACCUUGUUGGUUUGGGAUAUGUCCAAACUUGACCUGUUUUAGCAGUGAUUAUAGCACAUGAAUCUGGCUGUCAUAAAGUUUACAGAGGGUCAGCAUCUUACUGGGAAGGCAUCAUGAGAAAUCAAGUGAGUGGACUCAUAGAAGGGCUCAGAUGUGAGGACUAAAGAGCCCUAUAUCCUACCCUCCCCCGGUCUAUAUAGCCUCCAUGAUUCUAUGGGUUGCAGUCUGAUUGUUUGAUGACUGUAGCUUAUAAUAAGUUUUGGUUUUACUCAAUUACUGAGCAAGCCUCAAUGAAACAUUUCACUAUUAAGAUAAAAUUUUAUACUGUAUCAAGUUGAUAAUAGAAAAAUAAAUGAAUUAAUUAAUAAAAAAAGAGCCCUAUAUCAAUGUAACCUCAGGAAAGAGACAGGGAUCGCUUUGCAGAGAUGAGAUACAGCCAGACUCACCUUGUAUCUUCACUUGGCUUUGCCAUGAGCACUGUGGGAGCCCAUUUCCAGGUUCCUCAUGGCUUUACCCAGCAGCUCUGCAUAGAGAGGAUGAUUAGGACUACGGCCUCAGUGCAGGUGUCUGAGAUGGUCUGCACUUGGCUGUGCUGGGGGAGGAGGUCUUUUGCUCUACCCCUUGGCGUCUCUAUAAAUACCCUAGGGCAGAGAUGAUCCUGGCCCAUUGAAAUAGGUUCCAGACCUUCUUGAGGCUAUCCUAUAUUUUGUAUCUGUUUAUCUCUACACUCUAAAUCCUUCUAUUUAAUAUUUCUUUCUGCUUUCACUCAAGAAAACUCUGGGGAACUGUGGGGUUGGUGGGUAGCCACCCCACAGAGUACAACAGAGUGAUGAUGAACAGUGGCCUCACCACCUUCCCUUAUCUCCCUUCUCCAUCCAUAGUGGUCACAGUUAUUUGUCAUUAUGAAAGUUAGGGAAGGAAUGUAACUGUCAAAUGAACUUGGUGGAUAGAAAGUUACAACACAUCACAUACCUUCUAUCAUUGUAUUAUUCUAAGAAGCUUAUUAACAUGUAAAUGCCAUAUGCUCAUUAGAGAAAACAAAUGAAUAACCCUCUAGAUUGCAUGGCAAAGAUAGUCUAUGCUUCCAGCUUUAAUUUUCAUCAUAGAUAAUAACAAAGAAAGGCUGCUGUGUGGGAAGGUUCUGUUUUUUAAAAUGCCUAAGAUGUAGUCAGCAAUACACCUUGAACAAGAGUCAGGUUUGCUAUGUGUAUGUGAGUCAAUGUUUUCUUCCUGCUUGGAGUCUCUGGAGACCUAGUUAUUAAUUUCUUCAGAACACAGAGGGAGAUUUCCUUAUGAAUGGAAAUUACUUUAAUGGAUAUACAUUUGUUCUACAAGAGAAUGAUGUUUUAGAGUUACAGUCUGUGGGGAAAGCUUCUCAAGGUACGAGUUCAUGUGAGAAAUAUAACAAAGACACACUGUCAGGAGUAAAUAGUUUAGCAGAGACAUGCACAGGAGUUAAUAAUACAGCAAAGGCUCACACACUUAGGAGUAGACGGAAUAGCAGAGACAGACACACUCAGGAGUAAAUACUAUAGCAGAAACCUACAAUCUCAGGAUUAAAUAGUACAGCAGGGACUCAUAAUCUCAGCUAGUAUUUCUCAUUUCUCUCUUUAAUUUUAAACCCCAUUAUUUUGAAAGUAAAAAGUAUUCAUAUAUGAAAAUUAACAAUACCUGAAAACUACAGUGUUGUGGAAUGUUAUUUUAA